AUGGCUACCUUGCCUGCGGAGCCAAGCGCGCGGGGGCCCGAGGCCGGGAGCGAAGAAGAAGAAGAGGAGGAGGAGGAGGAGGAAGAAGAAGCGCGCCAGCUCUUGCAAACUCUGCAGGCGGCCGAAGGGGAGGCGGCGGCAGCGGUGGCCGGGCCGGGAGCGGGCGAGGCGGCGGCAGCAGCCGCAGCAGAGAGAACGCAAGGCCCGGAGUCCCCGGCCACCCCCGGGUCGCCCCCCGAAGCCGCCCCCGAGCCCCCCACGGGCCUCCGCUUCUCGGCCGAGCAAGUGGCGUGCGUGUGCGAGGCGCUGCUCCAAGCGGGCCACGCCGGCCGCCUGAGCCGCUUCCUGGGCGCGCUGCCCCCGGCCGAGCGCCUACGUGGCAGCGACCCGGUGCUGCGCGCCCGGGCCCUGGUGGCCUUCCAGCGGGGCGACUACGCCGAGCUGUACCGGCUGCUGGAGAGCCGCCCGUUCCCCGCCGCGCACCACGCCUUCCUGCAGGACCUCUACCUGCGCGCGCGCUACCACGAGGCCGAGCGGGCCCGCGGCCGAGCCCUGGGCGCCGUGGACAAGUACCGGCUGCGCAAGAAGUUCCCGCUGCCCAAGACCAUCUGGGACGGCGAGGAGACCGUGUACUGCUUCAAGGAGCGCUCCCGCGCCGCGCUCAAGGCCUGCUACCGGGGCAACCGCUACCCCACGCCCGACGAGAAGCGCCGCCUGGCCGCGCUCACCGGCCUGUCGCUCACGCAGGUCAGCAACUGGUUCAAGAACCGGCGGCAGCGCGACCGCACCGGGGGCGGCGGCGGCAGCGCGCCCUGCAAGAGCGAGUCUGAUGGGAACCCCACGACUGAGGAUGAGUCCAGCCGCAGCCCGGAGGAGGCACCGGUCGCUACCGAGGUGCCGGCCCAGGGCUCCAUAUUCCUGGCGGGGUCCAGCCCCCCGGCCUCAUGUCCUGGAUCCUCCUCCAUCCUGGUGAACGGGAGCUUCCUGGCCACUGGCAGCUCCCCAGCGGUGCUUCUCAACGGCAGCCCCGUCAUCAUCAACAGCCUGGCUCUGGGAGAGGCCUCCAGCCUGGGCCCCCUGCUGCUGGCCGGGGCCGCCGGGGGCACCCCUGCACAGCCCAGUCCCCCCAGCACCAACGAGCCCAAGACCUCGCUGGUCCUGGAUCCUCAGACUGGGGAGGUGCGCCUGGAGGAAGCUCAGCCUGAGGUGCCCACGGAGACCAAGGUGCAGGCUUCGGAGGAGGUGCCGGGGCCUCUGCCCCAGGUGGUGCCAGGCCCCCUACCAGCCGCCACCUUUCCAGUGCCCGCAGGCCCGGUGCCUUCGGUGGCUGCGCCCCAGGUGGUGCCACUGUCUCCACCCCCUGGUUACCCCGCGGGCCUGGGCCCUACCUCUCCGCUGCUCAACCUGCCCCAGGUGGUGCCCACCUCCCAGGUCGUGACCCUGCCACAAGCUGUGGGGCCCCUGCAGCUGUUGGCAGCCGGGCCGGGUAGCCCCGUGAAGGUGGCAGCUGCGACGGGCCCUGCCAAUGUGCACCUGAUCAACUCCGGGGUGGGCGUCACGGCCCUGCAGCUGCCUCCAGCCACCACCCCAGGAAACUUUCUCCUGGCCAAUCCGGUGUCCGGCAGCCCCAUCGUGACCGGCGUGGCCGUGCAGCAGGGCAAGAUCAUCCUCACGGCCACCUUCCCCACCAGCAUGCUGGUCUCCCAGGUGCUGCCCCCCUCGUCCAGCCUGGCCCUACCCCUCAAGACAGAGACUGCCCUCUCGGGGCCCGAAGGAGCCCUCCCGGUGGCCCCCAGCCCCAGUCUCCCCGAGGCCCCUGCCUUGGGCCCACUCACAGUGCAGCCAGCCCCGCAGCCCCCCGCUGCCCCGACCAGCCUGCCUUUUCCCCCCGACUCGGGCCUCCUGCCCGCCUUCUCAGCGCCCCCGGCCGAGGGGCUCCUUCUGUCGCCUGCUGCUGUGCCCAUCUGGCCCGCCGGCCUGGACCUGAGCGCAGGCCCCGAGGGGCUGCUGGAAGCGGAUAAGGCGCUGGCCACAACGCAGGCCCCGCACCAUGUGCUGCGGCUGCCUGACCCCGAGGGGCUGCUGCUGGGCGCCACCGUGGGGGGUGAGGCAGACGUGGGACUGGAAGCCGAAGCCAAGGUCCUGACCCAGCUGCAGUCGGUGCCCGUGGAAGAGCCCUUGGAACUGUGACCCAAGGCUCUGCGCCUCUCUUGACAAUGGUGCUCGAGGUGCCGGGGGGGGGGGGGGGCCCGCCCGCUGCCAGCAAGACCCCACACCGUGCCCUCCCCAGCCUCCUAACCUCGCCAAGCCUGGGAGUUCCUGCGGCUUGCCCAGCCCAGGGCCCCAUCUCUCUGGACUGGAGGACUCUGUUACAGUGCCCCCCCUUUGCCCCUCAUAUAUAAGGAGAGAUUGGGGGCUCUGACUUAGGGGCUCUCCCCGCCUCGACCUGGUACUAGCUGUGAGCUGAAAACCUGGCCCAGUGUCUGGAUUUCAUCCUCUGAAGCCCUCACCCUCUUCUUCCCUGAAACACUAUUAUUAGCACCACAGACACCCGGGUUCUCGGAACUAAAUGGAAUCCCCGGUGCCCUGGGCCCAGAGACUGAUGGGACCAGACCUCCAAACAGGGCCCUUUUGGUGGAGGAGGCUGGCGGGAUCCUCCGUACCGGCCCUUCUUCCCAUGUCAGCCCCAGACCAAAGAUGCCUCAUCCCAGGUGGGGGUGGGGCCAGCCCUGUCCUUUGUGUUUAGUUUGUACCUUAAAUCUUUUAUUUUUCUAGGAUAUGUCAUACCUCCAUUUCAAUUAAAAUAAAGUUAACAG